AAAACGGCAAACUGCGGGAUAAUACUGGACAGAUAAGGAUCAUAACCAGAUAUGGCGGACAGAAAGUCAGAACGUCAGGUUGGAAUCAUAGGAAGUGGUUUAAUAGGGCAUAGCUUUGCUAUGCUUUAUGCUGCAGCUGGAUAUCGAGUGCGCAUGUACGAUAUAAAACCGGAACAAGUUCAGCAUGCUUUAUCUAUCAUUGACGACCAACUUGAGCAUCUAUCUGAAAAUGGAUUAUUGCGAGGAAAACUUACAGUCAAAGAGCAAAGGGCACUAAUCACCGGAACGAACGACUUUGCCGAGUGUGUCAAGGACGCCUUCUUUAUACAAGAAUGUGUGAACGAGAGGCUGGAGUUGAAGCGGGAGGUCCAUGCUAAGAUCGAUCCCAUCUGUAGAAAGGACGCCAUUAUUUCAAGCUCCGCUAGUGCAUUGGUUCCGUCUCUUAUUUCUGAGAAUCUCAACAACAAAAAUAGAUUCAUCGUUUGUCAUCCGACAAAUCCUCCAUUCUAUGCCCCUUUGGUGGAGGUGAUUCCAGCCCCUUGGACAGACCCAGAGGUCGUAGUUACGACCAAGGUACUGAUGACAGAGAUUGGACAGGUUCCCGUCAUUGUGAAGAAGGAGAUUGACGGAUUUGUCCUUAAUAGAAUUCAGUACUCAAUCAUUGGAGAAUGCUGGAGACUAUAUGAGGAGGGGGUAAUGAGCGCGGAGGACAUUGAUAAGGUGAUGUCAGAGGGACUUGGACGGAGGUACGCUUUCAUGGGUCCUCUGGAGACAGCCUACCUUAACGCCGACGGAAUGCUCAGUUAUGGGGAUCGAUACCGUGACAUGAUAUACAGAGUUCAGUCCUCCUUUGGUCCCCCAAGGAAAAUGGAGGGUCCCACUCUGGAAAAGAUACACAACGAAAUGGCAGCCAGAAUCCCGCUAGAUAAACUUCACCAGAGACGAAAAUGGCGGGACAUUCGUCUUGCAUCACUCCAAAAAUUAAAGAAUGAACUAGAUGAAUCUCAUUCAUAGACUUUGGUUUAGGACGGAAAUGUUCACUGGAUAUAUUUUUCUGUUGGUGUUUAACAUUUUAUUUCUAGAGACUGUUGAGAAAUACAUGUAUGUUAAGCAAAACACGUUUUAUUCAAUAAAAAAAUCUCUUACUUAUUUAAUGCAUGUUUAACAUGUAAUGAUUUUUAAGUUUUUGAUUUGCUAAUUAAAAUGACAAGACAAUGCUUUCAAACAGAAACCCAAUCUUUUUGUUAUACAAUACUGUUAUUUAAAUUAAUAUUUUGUAAUAAUUUUAUGUUACAAACAAUUUUGCAAUGUGCAGAUCAGUACUAAAUACACAAAGCUUUUAGAUUCCCUUUUCCCUUUAUUCUUCGAAAAGUAGUAAAUUAUUUAAACUAAAAUGCCAGACCAACAAUUUAUUCAUAUUUGAAAUAACCAAUGAUAUAUUUUGCCAUUUGAUUUUACUUGUUGAAUAAGAUGUAAACUAUUUAAUGCAAAUGGCAAAAGGGACAACAAACAUCUUAUUUUCAUUGCUUGUAUACCCUGCUCUCAUCAAGGUAACGUUUACUUUAUACUGUAGAAGAAAUAUAACAGCUGAAAUGAUGUAUAAAUAUGCGAGGCUUGCCAAGAGAAAUAAACAUUUGAGCGAUUUAUUAA